UAAUUGGUUUGAUGAUGACUGCCUGUGAUCUUUGUUCUGUGACAAAACUGUGGCCUGUUACAAAAUUGACGGCAAAUGAUAUAUAUGCAGAAUUCUGGGCUGAGGGUGAUGAAAUGAAGAAAUUGGGAAUACAGCCUAUUCCUAUGAUGGACAGAGACAAGAAGGAUGAAGUCCCACAAGGCCAGCUUGGGUUCUACAAUGCCGUAGCCAUUCCCUGCUAUACCACCCUCACCCAGAUCCUGCCUCCCACGGAGCCUCUCCUUAAAGCAUGCAGGGAUAAUCUCAGUCAGUGGGAAAAAGUGAUUCGAGGGGAGGAGACUGCAACUUGGAUUUCAUCCCCCUCCGUGGCUCAGAAGGCAGCUGCAUGUGAAGACUGAGCCCUGAUCACGCACAGAUUCUCAUCUUGCUUCUUUGACAUUUUUUCCUUUUCUUGGGGGGGGUGGGGUGGGGGGCACCUACACCUGGUAACUGGGGUGCAAACCUCUUCGAGAAGGUAACAUCAAGUAAAUAAGUCAAGCAAAGGACUUCCUGCCAGUCUCCUCUGUGAGGCAUCAUAGACACUGAACAACCAGGACCACCCCAUGUUCAGGAAUCAGCUGGCCAAGUGACUCCAUUUGACUUGCAAACCAGCCUUUUCUAAUAGGCUGAUAUUGCUGAGGCCUUAAUGGAAAUGGACAAAAAUUCUUCAGAAGGGGUAAUUUUCCAUUGUAUCUUUCUAAUAAGGAGUGAAAAUGGUACUAUUAUGGUAUUGUACUUGGGCUCUGACAUCAAUGUUGUUUUGAUGUUGUUGGUUAUAAAUAGGAAUUUUUACACAUUACUAUCGUGAAUGUUCAUGUGUGACCUACUUGUAAUUAACGAGUUGUAGUCUACAGCCUCAGGACAAAUGUCAUUGAGGUUACAGAGUAAGCAGCGAUGAGAAAACGUCAAAUUCUUUUUUCAGAGCUUCAUGAAUUUAGUUAGACAGACUAAACAUAUUCUUUUAAGUUCAAACUAAAGGGCUGAGAUGAAUAAAUUUAACACUAAAAGAAAUAGACCUUAAGAGAUGAGGUAUAUGUUACAACAAAUCUCAGAACUUCAGGUAUCAGUUCAAAAGAUGACAAUUUAAAAAUUUUUUUUCAUUGAUGUCUUGGCAAUUUUACUGAACCCUUUGCAUAAAGAACAAAAUAAAAGCAAGGCAUUGUCAAUUUUUUUAACAGACAACUCUUAUGGAUAUAAAGUGUACAUUUUUCAUAAUGAUUUCUUUAUAUUUUCACUUUGUGUCAUUGCAGAAUUUUAGACUCAUAUUCACAAUGAAAGGUUUAUUCGUAACAUUGUUUAAUUAAAGUACCAUACAUUUCUUUUUUAAACAUCAAACCAUAAAAUGUGUCUUUUGUGAUUUUACUUUGACCUGCUGCAUUCACCUCUCAUUUAUCUCUUUUGACAUGCUGCAUGGUCAUAUUUCAUGAGCUUUCUGUCCAUAGCACAGAAACAGAAGCAGGAAGUAGUACAAUCAUGUUGGACCUUCUUUCCGUUCUCUUUACUCUUCUCACAGAUCAAAUCACUCCAUAGAAACCUGUGGUUUCUUCUAUAUGGCUUUUUGGUUGACUAGUAUUACUAUACAGUGUAAGUGUUUUGAACAAUACAAAAGUAAUACUCUGCACCCCUUCCUACGGAGAUUAUAAGGUAGUCACUUCUGGUGCAUAUUAAUACUUCAGAGAUUUUUAGCGCAAUGGCACAGUAACCUCCAACCCUGUUCUAACCUGAAGGAAUCAGACAGAGACUCACUCAGGAAGUGACAGGCCAAUCAUAACAGAUAACUUACUCACUUUUCACGUGGCAGGAAACUGGAAUAUCACUUUUAUUAAAAUAAAAUUGAAAAAAUGCUUCUACAUAUUUAAUACCAUAGGCAUUUUGUUCAGAUGAGCCUGGUUUGUGCAAGAUUAAAUCAGAGGCUUCUACAACAUGGUUUAUUUAUGCCGUAGCAGAGUUGGCUCUACAUAAGCACUGUUCUUAUUUUAAAAUUAACACUAUGUGUUCAGUUUUCUUCUGGGCUUCUGAAAGUUGCCAUCUUCCCUACAUGGAGCUCCAUUUGCUAUUUUAAUUAUACACUAUGACAUAAAAUGUAAUAACUAAAGAAAGAGAAAUACCACUGUGGCUAGAUGUGUACACACACAUAUAUAUAUGGAAGGAUGUAAUAUAUGUAGAACACACACAUAGAUGUAUAUAGGAUGCACACUCAUAUGUAUGUAGACAUAUACAUACGUGUAUAUAUGAUACACACAUGAGACAAGGAAAGAGAGGAAGAGAGAAGCAAAAAUGUCGGAAAAAAUAUAAAUCAGCUGGUUCUUCCAUUCCUUAAAAAUAAUGACUUUGCUUGAUGGAAAAUACAUAUUACUUGAUAGUUGACAAGAAAGUGUCAUUUUUUGUUAGUGUAUUCAUAUUGAAUUUGAACAAGUUACAUAUUUUUCUGCAUACAAAUUUAUGAAGCUGGAUUCUACGAAAAACAACUUAAUUCACAAAAGUUAAUUUGGUCAUCUAAUUUAACUUGGGAAAGGAUAUGUUAUUUAAUAUUAUUGUUUAAUUACAAAAAUUUUAAAAGAAUAUAUGAAUUCUGUUUUUUAACAUAGAAAAUAAUUAUGGAGUUAGGACUCUCAUGGCUACUUUUGUAGUUUUAGGUGAUGAUUACAGAAAAUUCUCUUAAUUUAUUAUAGGCAAGUGUAUUAUGUAAUCUCUAUUUUGAACAGUUUCCCAAAGGAAUGUGAUUGGAUUUACUGGUUGGUUAAUUUCUUGUGAAAUAUUGUCAUAAUAGAAGCACAGCUUGAAUGAAAGACUGUAUUUUGAUAUAAACUGUCAAUAUUGCUUUUACCAUGUGUAAGAUUUACUUAGUAAUCACAGAUGUACGUAAAAUAAAGGGACCCAGGAUGCAGUAAUAUUUAGUUAAUAAUUUGUUUUGAAAAACAUGCAGUUAGGAAUAUUUUUGUAUUUUGUCUGAUGUGUUUAGCAGACAAACAUCUGAGUUAUAUUUCUUGUCUUUUUCCCAGAUCUUUUCUUAAAAGAAAAAAUAUGACACCAGAAGCCAAGAGAUAGUUUUUACUAACAACAGUUUUGAUGAGUUCUUAUUAAGGCCGUAUUGUGUAUUGUGCCAAAUUUUCCACCUAGUGUAAAUUUAGUAACCAGCUACGAGGAUAUGCAGGAUAUUAAGUUUGCAGAAAUUUAUAUUGGCUACAUUGGUUUGUAAUAGACAAGUUUUAUAGUCAUAUGCAAUUAUUCCAUUAUCUUUUGGACAUAGCAAAUAUGGUUUUUAGCUAAAAAUGUCCUUGGAAACAUAAAUGCCUGCCAAUAACAUGAAAUAUUGAAUUCAGGCAAUGUGAAUUAAUUAAUUAGAAAAAGGUCAAAGGAAAUGCAAUGGAUGUGGAAGCUAAUUCUGAAAAACAGCCCUAUUACUAGGGCAGGGACUCUGAUCCAUUUCCCACCUGUGCUUCUCUCUAAGAGGUGUAUGAAAAACCCAUCUUGCAAAAUAGACCAAAAUAUUAGAGACAGUUGUUCCCAUUCCUGACUCUUCAAUGGAAGGAAGGUACAGAUGUUUACAGGGGUGCCCCACAUGACUUGUUCUCACCACAACAAAAGCAAUGAAUUGGAAACUAGAUUUGUUCAGUAUAGGUUUCCUCUUAUUUGGCAUGCUUUUUAGAUUUUUUUUCAUUUUGUAAAAUCUCAGUUAAUUUUUCUUUACUGAUAUAUUCGUGUAUACGAGACAUGUUUGUACAUGAUAUAAAUAGAUGCACAAAUCCUUAGAUACCUGUUUGUUUGUUUUUUUUUAAUAGGUUUAGGUUUGGGUAUUGUGUUUCUGGUCUUUUAACUCAAAAUUAAGGUUUGAGCUUUAAUAGGACUAAAUUAUUCACCAUGCCUUGGCCUGUGCCUUUAUUUUAAAUACUGCAAUUAUACUACUUCAUUCUUGUAUUUAUUAUUUUGCUUUUCUUGCUUAACUGUAAUUGAAAACAUUUAUAGGCACUCAUCUACAGUUCAUUUUAUCAAGUUGGAUGAAUAGGACCAUUCUCUCUUCAUCAGAUUUCUAUCCUUUAUUUGACUUCAUUGACAAAUACCCUGGUGACUAUAACCAACGAACUGUUCAGAUUCAGUCUUUUCUGCAAGAACUUCAAAGGACUGUGACAUUGGUUAUGAUGUGAUUUUGGGGGGUUUCCAGUACCUAAGCAUGAUUUAGAUUUUUAAAAUCACUUCUCUCUACAUAUUUCAAACAUAUGUUUGCUUUCUACACUUUUUUAUUUAGGGUUUAAUUCUUUAAAGACUAUAUUCAUUUAAUCACUAUAGUAGAUCUCUUCUAUUGCAAGUAUUGCUCUGAUUUUUAAAUUACUAUAAAAUGUAAAUCAGCCGAAUAUGUUGUCUGUUACAGCUUCCCCAUGCUUUCAGCGCAUGGCUGUGAGAUUUUUACAUGUGCAUAAGUAUUUCGCCAAUACACAUAUUGCUGACUUCUUUAGCUAUUUAUAUUACGUUUAAAUUAGUAAUAUCUAAUGCAGUGCACACUUUUUUUUGUCUUUUUUACAAUGGAAUAGUUGGUUGUCUGAAGCAUUGGAUGCAUUUUAUAUGAUAAAAAUGGCAAGAAAAAUAAGAAAGUGUCAGCAGUGUGCUGGUUCUAAAUUAAGAAGAUAGAACAAAGAGAAAGACAUUUAUGUUACCCAAGAAACACAUUUAACAUCCAAAGAAGCAAUGCUGUCCUCACUUAAUGUUUCUCUUCUCAACCCAGCAAUGGAGAGUAGGGCUUGCGAAGCCAUGGAGAGCCCGCCUGCCCCUUCCUGCCAGUGGGAGAAAAGUAACCAAUGGCAAGAAGAGCCAGGCAUGGCCCUGUGGGGUGAAGGAUAAUGUCACCUCAGGACCAAGGUGGAAACUUACAGCUGAAUCCAGGGUUGCUAAGUAGGGAAGUCAGUUUACACAUUUCAGCUUUCAUCUGAUAUUUUUGAGGUACUGCAUAUUUGUGAAAGUUUAAGUAGAAAGGUUUUGUUUCUAUUGCAAGUUCUAAAAGUAUUAUCUAAUACUCUAGCCCAACUAAAAUAUGACAUCAUGGGUGUUACAGCCUUCGUCUUUUUCUUUGGUCACCUUAAUACCCAGUCCUAUGCUGUAUCACAAAUAGCCUAUGUAAGUGACAUAUAGGAAUAUUAUUUUCCAUAUGAUCUGUUGUAUGGUGUAUAUGCUAUGUGUUCAUUUCGUGUGCAAGCUGAGUGCAAUAGACUUACCCAGAGAAGGUGUUUGUAUACUAGACCCCUACCUAUUUGAAAUUACAUGCUUGCCCAACACACUGUGAAAUAGUUACCAAAAUUUGUACAAAUGAAGCACUGUCAUUCUUUCUGAGAAGACAAAACGGCUUUCUUUACAUGAACAUAUGAACAAGAGAGAUCCUAGGUCUGUACGUAGCUAAGGCAUCUAAGAGUUUGCUGUUGAUAAUCUUGCUGACCAAAAACUGUUGGAGAGUAAUACAGAUUACACACCAUCAAAAAUACAGUGCUCAUAAAGAAACGGCUUGUAAAGUCAAUGAACCUGUGUCCAGAAUUUUAGUAGGCUCUCUAUUGGAAGAAGAAAGAAUUUCAAGUUAACAGUAUCUAACUUUAUCAUAGUUGAUAAGUUAGUAAAUUUUAAAAAAUGAUUUUGUAUGUAUGACAAAAAUCUUUGUAAAAUGCGCAAGUGCAAUAAUUUAAAGAGGUCUUAACUUUGCAUUUAUAAAUUAUAAAUAUUGUACAUGUGUGUAAUUUUUUCAUGUAUUCAUUUGCAGUCUUUGUAUUUAAAAAAACAUUUACUGUUACGUUUGUAUAAUAGAACAGUAAUCAUUUAUUAUAAUCUAGGCAAGUUGUAAAUAAAUUCAUAAUUCAAACAGCCAGUAUAUAUGCAUAUAUGAGUGUUAUAUUGCAAAAUCUUUGUUUUACUUACAUGGUUAGAGCAACAAGAAUUCUUUUGUUGAUAUGUAAUUAUACACAUAACAUAUAUAUAUGUAUGAUACAUGAAAUAUAUUUAGAAAUGUUCAUAAUUUUAAUGGAUAUCCUUUGGUGUGAAUAAUUGAAUACAGAGUUUUUUAAAUAUCA